AUGAGUUUUAUAUAUCCUCUUCCGACUACCGGAACCAUUUCAUUUUCUGAUUUUUUGUUAGACGAGAAUAAUUCAUAUAUAAAUGAAAUCUCCGAAGCAACUGCCCAAAGAGGUCGUGUUCGUGCUGUUUUGAAGGAGGUUAAUAAAACAGACGGACCGAAAGAUUACAUGAAUGUCAUGAAAGUAAUCGAUGAUUAUUUGCCAUAUUUGCUUGCUAUUGUCGAUUGCCUAGAAGGAGGCCAACUGAGAUUGAAAAAGGAAUUUGUUGCCAUCCGCAAAGCCCUCAUGCAACAAACAUCACCGUCUUUACUUGCAAAAUUGGCUAUUGGUGUUGCAGGACAUUAUGAAAUGGCUAACGGGCUCAUUAAAAGUUUAAAAGAGUCAACAAAAGUAUCCGUUGGAUUUAUCACAGAAGCUAGGGAAGUAUUGCAUUUAUUAACUAAAUGUAAAUCACCUACGGUCGCAGCGCAUGCGGCACAAGAGUACUCGGAAGUAAAUGAACUAUAUAAUAUCUAUGUUGGAAUAAAUGACACG